CUCUCUCUCUCUCUCUCUCUCUCUCUGCCCGGUCAGAGGACCUGCGAUCAGCACAGCGGCUCUGCAGCUCUGCGACAGGAGGACAGCAGCCGGCUCCUCACCCUCUGCCUCUGCAUGACUGUCACGAAGAUGUCAUGGCGUCCGACAUACCGAAGCUCCAAGUUUCGAAAUGUCUACGGCAAGGUGGGCAGCCGGGAGCACUGCUUCGACGGCAUUCCCAUCACCAAGAAUGUCCAUGACAACCACUUCUGUGCCGUCAAUGCCAAGUUCCUCGCCAUCGUCACGGAGAGCGCAGGCGGGGGGUCUUUCCUGGUCAUCCCGGUCACCCAGUCUGGCAGACUGGAUCCUCACUACCCGAAGGUGUGCGGUCACCAGGGCAACGUGCUGGACAUCAAAUGGAACCCCUUCAUGGACAACAUCAUUGCUUCCUGCUCUGAGGACUCAUCUGUACGAAUAUGGGAGAUUCCAGAAGGAGGGCUGAAGCGCAACAUGACGGAGGCGGUGCUCGAGCUGUACGGACACAGCCGACGUGUGGGUCUCAUAGAGUGGCACCCCACAACCAGCGGCAUCCUCUUCAGCGCUGGAUAUGACUAUAAGAUCCUCAUCUGGAACCUGGAGAUUGGCGAGCCUGUGAAGAUGAUCGACUGCCACACAGAUGUUGUCCUCUGCAUGUCCUUCAACACGGACGGAAGUCUGGUGGCCACCUCCUGCAAGGACAAGAAGCUACGUGUCAUCGAGCCGCGGUCCGGCAGGGUCCUGCAGGAGGCAAACUGUAAGAACCACAAGGUGAACAGAGUUGUGUUCUUGGGCAACAUGAAACGGCUGUUGACGACUGGUGUGUCCCGCUGGAACACGAGGCAGGUGGCCUUGUGGGACCAGGAGGACUUGUCCAUGCCCAUCAUCGAGGAGGAGAUUGAUGGUCUCUCGGGACUCCUAUUUCCAUUCUAUGACGCAGACACGCACAUGCUGUACCUUGCAGGAAAGGGAGACGGCAACAUCCGGUACUACGAGAUCAGCACGGAGAAGCCAUACCUUCAGUAUCUCAUGGAGUUCAGGUCCCCGGCCCCACAAAAAGGCCUUGGUGUGAUGCCAAAGCAUGGUCUGGACGUAGCGUCUUGCGAAGUCUUCCGCUUCUACAAGCUGGUGACCCUCAAGGGUCUCAUCGAGCCGAUCUCCAUGAUCGUACCGCGGAGGUCUGAGACGUACCAGGAGGACAUUUACCCGAUGACCCCAGGGACAGAACCUGCGCUCACCGCAGACGAGUGGCUCAGCGGCAUCAACCGAGAUCCAGUGCUCAUGUCUCUGAAAGAGGGAUACCAGCGACCUAGCAAGCUAGUCUUCAAGGCUCCUGUGAAGGAGAAGAAGAGUGUGGUGGUCAACGGCAUUGACCUACUGGAAAAUGUGCCUCCCAGGACAGAGAACGAGCUCUUGCGGAUGUUCUUCAGGCAACAAGACGAACUGCGGCGCCUGAAGGAUGAACUCACGCAGAAGGACAUUAAAAUCAGACAGCUGGAGCUGGAGCUCAACAACCUGAGGAACAGCCCCAACAACAAGUGACCCUUGACUUGACCCCGCACCCCCCCUGAACCGUCGCUCUUCACUUCCCUCUGAGAAACAUCCCACCGGGACCCCAAGCGCCUCCGGAGCCGAGCGCGCGCGCCACCGCAUCCGUCCGCCUCCGUCCACGUCCAGACGCAGCCAAGUGCUCAUCCUCACUAAGCACAGCAGUCGGUUGGACGCGCAGAUCCAGUCUUAAGGGAAGCCGAACAUGACCCCCGUCCUCUGGUCCAGCACCACACCGGGCCACAGAGAGUAAACCGCACUCCACCUUCUCCUACCUUGGGCACUUCCUGCAGUCCGUCCCCGGGCGAGUGACAGAAAUAGGGUCUAAAGGUUACCGUAGCGAAGGCCCUGCCCGGAAGUGCUGGCGCAAGGGUGCGAGCGCACGAGCCCAACACAACUUUAAAGGCUGUUAAUCCGGUACCAUUCGCUACCCGUCUCAUCCAUUCUUAAUUGUUAUUAUUUAUUCAGCUGUACUUUGAAUCACUUUAUCUACCUACUAUAUACCGUUCACUGUAAUGUCAUUAACCCCUUUGACUACAACGUGGCACAGGUCCUGGAAAGUACUGACAGACAAUAAUAUUUGCAUAGGGAAUGUGAGAACGCGAAAGUGAACGUCAGCUUCUAACAAAAGGUUGUCGGUUCAAAUCCUGGGACCGGCCCUGCUGUUGUGCCCUUGGAAGAUACUUAAC